GUCGCGCGAGGGGGAGGAGGAGGUCGCACGGAGGUUGCGUUAGGGGGAGGAUGAGAUCGGAAGACGGAGUGGGAGGAGGAGGAGCAGUUCGCACAAGGACAAGCAAGAGGCUGCACAUGGGGGAAGAGGAGGUGGCACAAGGGAGAGGAGGAGGUCGGAAGAGGGGGAGGAGCGGGUCGCACGAGGAGGACGAGAGGUUGCAGCGGAGGUCGCAAGGGAGGUUGAGUCGGAGAGUGGGAGGAGGAGGUCGUGCGAGGGGGAGGAGGAGGUCGUGUGAGGGGGAGGAGGAGGUUGUGCAAGCAGGAGGAGGAGGUUGUGCAAGCGGGAGGAGGAGGUCGGAAGAGGGGAAGAACGACAUCGCACAAGGGGGAGGAGGUAGGAAGAGAGAUUGGAGGAGGUGGCACGAGGGGGAGGAGGAGGUAGCACAAGGAGGAGGUCGUGCGAGGGGAAGCGGACGUUGCGGAGGGGGGAGGAGGUCGGAAUAGAGGUGGGAGGAGGUCGUGCGAGGUGGAUGAGGAGGGGGAAGAUGAUGUGUGAAUGGAGGAGGAGGUCGCACAAGGAUUAG